UGUCUCAAAUUGUCAUUAAAACGUCAAAAAAAUGGUGAAAGUCGAGCAAGUCACAGCUGUUGAACCUUCAACUCUGCUCGAAGGUCCUCACUGGUACGCUCCGAACCAAAGUUUGUACUUUUGUGACAUUCCAGAGUGCCUAAUUUUUCGCUAUGAUUAUAAGGCGAACAAAUGUUACAAGGCCAAAAUCGAAGGCGAACUAAACACAAAAAUUGGCUUUAUUGUUCCCGUUGAAGGCAAAACGAAUCAUUUUGUAGUCGGUUUGGCACUGAGAUUAGCUGUCAUCUCGUGGGAUGGAGUCUCUCCGAUGGCAAAAGUCGUCAAAGUUUUGACCGAAGUCGAUCAAGAUGUGAAAGUUACGCGUUUUAACGACGGCAAAGUCGACCCGCGUGGCAGAAUUUUCGGCGGAACGAUGUUAUCUGAGGAGCACGGCGACAUUUUUACCGCUCGCAAAGGAACUUUUUACCGUUACGACCACAAAUCCGGGAAAUGUGCCGCUUUAAAGUCCAAAAUCUGCAUCUCGAAUGGCCUGACGUGGGAUGAAACGCGAAAAAUCUUCUACUACAUCGACACGGGCGACAAAGACAUCAAAGAGUACGAUUACAAUCCAGCGACGGGCGAAAUCAGCAACGAACGAGUUUUAAUGAAUUUCCUACCAGCUGAACUCGGACCCGAUGGCAUGACAAUCGAUACGGAAGGAAACCUCUAUAUGGCUUGUUUUAACGCUGGAAAAGUCCUGAAAAUUAAUCCGAACACGAAAAAAAUCGUGCAAGAAAUUCCGAUCCCAGGUGCCACACAAAUUACGUCAGUGGCAUUCGGAGGACCGAAUUUGGAUGAACUUUUUGUGACAACAGCGCAAUUUGAUGGGAGACCAGCACCCGCAGGAGGACUGUUCAAAGUUACCGGCUUGGGCGUGAAAGGCACAAAAAUGUUUGACGCAAAAUUAGAUUAAAAUUGAUGAUGAUGAUGAUGACGAUAAAAGAGUCUCGUCAUUCAAUAA